AGAGAAAAAAAAAAGAAGCAAAAAUAGAUUUCCAACUUCCAAGUUUACAAGUUUGUCAGAAAAUACAUUUCAUCAUCCACUAUUAGUUAUCUGCGUGCCAGGUUAUGAUUUGUGGAAUGCUUUUAAAAUUUAGCUUACUAUAUUUUUCUUGAAUAGCAAAAAUAGAAAAAACCAAUAAAAUUCGAGGUAAUUCACUGUUUCCAAAUUUUCUGAAAUCCAAACUUGUACAUUCUGUGUUUUGAUCGAUGGAGAAGAGAGACCUUUUUUCACAGAUGAUUGCAGGAGAAAUGAUAAAGUCUCUCUGCAUUUAGAGAAAGAGAGAGAGAGAGAGAGAGAGAGAGAGAGAGAGAGAGAGAGAGAGAGAGAGAGAGAGGGAGGGAAAGGAAUUGUUUUAUUUUUGUGUUCUUGGGAGAGAAGAAAAGAUGGAGAGUUUCAGUGAAACGGAUCACGAGGAGGUGGCGGCGAAGAUGACGUCGGAGGUUGGGGAGAAUUUUGAGGAUGAAGGGUUGGUUUCGAACUCGACGUUGGAGAAAGUUGCUGCAGCGAAGAAGUAUAUAGAGGACCAUUACAACAAACGCAUGAGACACAUCCAGCAACGUAAAGAAAGGCGUUUGGUGCUAGAACAAAAGAUAGCAUCUUUAGAUGUAUCAGAAAAAGAACAACUCGAGUUGCUUGAGGAUUUGCAGAGGAAAGAGACUGAGUAUACUAGGUUGAUGAGGAACAGGCUCUGCGUUGAUGAUUUUGAUCUUCUCAGUAUUAUUGGUAGAGGAGCUUUCGGCGAGGUAAGGCUAUGCCGUGAGAAAAAGACUGGCAACAUUUAUGCCAUGAAGAAGCUGAAGAAGUCUGAAAUGCUUAGUAGGGGGCAAGUUGAGCAUGUUAGAGCUGAGAGGAACUUGCUAGCAGAAGUUGCUAGUGACUGUAUUGUGAAGCUUUAUUAUUCGUUCCAAGAUCCAGAAUACUUGUACCUUAUCAUGGAGUAUUUGUCUGGUGGUGAUGUGAUGACAUUGCUUAUGAGGGAAGAGACUUUGACUGAGACCGUCGCUCGGUUUUACAUUGCACAAAGUAUUUUGGCUAUUGAGUCCAUACAUAAACAUAACUAUGUUCACAGGGAUAUAAAACCAGACAAUCUUCUGUUGGACAAGCAUGGUCAUAUGAAGCUGUCAGAUUUUGGUCUUUGUAAACCUCUCGAUUGUAGAAACAUUUCGGCCAUGAACGUAAAUGAGCCUUUGAAUGAUGAGAAUACAAAUGAAUCAAUCGAUGAUGAUGAGAACUGCUCAAUAGGACGCCGUGGAAGGCGUUGGAAGAGCCCAUUGGAACAGCUGCAGCAUUGGCAGAUAAACAGAAGAAAACUGGCAUAUUCAACUGUUGGUACUCCUGAUUAUAUUGCGCCUGAAGUGUUGCUGAAGAAGGGAUAUGGUGUAGAGUGUGACUGGUGGUCUUUGGGAGCCAUUAUGUAUGAGAUGCUCGUUGGUUAUCCCCCAUUCUACUCAGAUGACCCCGUGACAACAUGUAGAAAGAUCGUGAGCUGGAGAACUCAACUUGUAUUCCCAGAUGAUGCAAGGUUGACACCUGAGGCACGAGAUCUCAUUUGCAGCUUGCUUUGCGAUUCUGAUCAUAGGCUUGGUUCUCAUGGAGCCGGAGCUGAGCAAAUCAAAGCUCAUCCUUGGUUCAAAGAUGUGGAAUGGGAAAAGCUAUAUGAGAUGGAUGCAGCUUUCAAGCCAGUAGUCAAUGGAGAGCUUGAUACCCAGAAUUUCAUGAAAUUCGAUGAGGUGGAUUGUCCAAAACCAACAAGAACAGGAUCUGGACCUUCAUGGAAGGUGAGCAUAACCCCUCAAAAUAUCAAUUUUGUGGGAUAUACAUACAGAAACUUUGACGCUGUCCGUAGCUCUCGCCAUUCUUUAGAUAUCAAAGGAAGCCUUUCGCCACCACGCUCAUCAACUGACUCCACCCGAAGUGACUCUGCCAUUGAUUACGCACUACUCUCUACCGUUGAUGCUUCACAACAAUGACUCAAUCUAAGUCAUCAUCAUCUUCUUCUUCUUUUUCUACAAAACAUUCCUCUGCAACUUUUGUGUGUUUCUUGAUCCAUUGAACUUUAUUUUCUUUGGCAAUGUACAGUCUAUAAUUGCUUGCAAUUGCAUAGGGAAGAGAAGAUCCUGAGGAAUCUUUCUCUUUCAGCAGCUUCUGUUUUGCCUUUUGUUUUUAUUUCGGGGCGAUUUAUUUUAUAUGCCCAGAAAUGGCCGUUCAUGUAUUUUUCUUGUACGGCCGUUUUCCUUGUGGCAGUUUGUUUCCCGCCAUUGUGUUUACUGUUAUUGUUAGCAAUAUCCAAACACCAGUUUGAUCAUCUUCCUCUCUGUUUUUGUUUGUAAAUAUUGUUAGCUCUUGCCUCUUGUUAAUAAAUUUAUCAAUUCAUUUAACAGGAUAACAUAUUUGUUUAAACUUCUAUAGAAUUAAAUUAUAGUUGCUAAGAAUAUAUAUUUUAUAUUUAAAUAUAUAUAAAUUUUAAUAAGUUUUGGAUUUUAUUUUAUUUUAAAUAUAUUAAACUCGUAAAAAUUAGUUUGUUAAUUUACUUAAUGAACGGAUAAAUGUAAUUGAAAUUUCAUUAAUUAACUAUCAACAAAAAAAGUUCAUUUGAUUAUAUUGUUUUAGUUUUAUACCAAAAUUCAGAAAUAUAAAUAAAAAUAGUCAUUACUAUAUUUCGAAAAACUUGACAAAAAGGGUCUAAAGAAAAUUUAAUAUAAUAAGUGAUGUAAAAGUUAUAAGUUAUUAUCAUAUUUAAAAUUUGCCAAAAAUAUGAACUUUUUAAAGUAAAUUAUACAUGUUCUAAUUAAGUGAUGGCAUGUCACAAUUUCUUAAAACCAUAUGAUUUUUUUGGCGAAAAUGAAUAUGGUCAUGACACAUAAACAAAUAACUUCUCAAAUAGUGUUUCAGGAAAUUUAAUUAUUUUGUUUGUUUUUCCUCGCCCAUUGUGGAUCAAAUCACUUUAGUCAAUCUUCUAAAAAUAAUCUAUCUUUAUAUAUAAAGAAGACCCAUGAAUCACUCCCAGGGUGUCCACCUAGAAUUCCAGCUCAUCAAUUCAAAGCCCGUCCUGUUGACACGUGUCCCGUUUUCUUAAAACGCAACAUACAUGUUUUUUAUGUAUUGGGCUUUUGUUUCAAUAGAAAUAUAAGCCUGUCAGCCCAGCCUGAAACAAAAAGACCAAGAUCUUCUUUGCCAAUGGUGAUUUCUAAAACUAGGGUUCAUCGUCUUCUUCAGCCUUGACAACCUAAGCCAUCAAUGGCGUUUCAGGAGGUUGAGUGAGAUGAAUCGUCAUGAAGAAUCUAUGUGUCCAGUUCGAUUGUCGUUUCAUCUUAUGAUCCUUCCUCUCCUCUAGAACGUUACCUGAUUCAUUGAAUCAUUGCCUUUAACAACCUUCUUAACUCAGUGAGAUAAAACAUUUAAUGUUUGGGAUCUUAUAUCUCUUCUAGGCGGUGGAUCUCCAUCUAUAAAAAAAGACAGCUUUCAUCCCUGAUAACAUCAUUCUCACAACUCCUGAUAAUACCAAAAACUUAUUUUCAGUUUAGUGCUUCUUAUUCUCAUCGUUCUCACAAUUCAUCGGACGAUCAAGAUGCCCAUUAAAGAUCAUUCAAUCAAUCCUCCUAAUACGUCUUGCUUUUGGAAGGUUCGAAUGUGAAGAGGAGGUGCGCUCAAGAAGACAAUAAAGAAGAACCGUUUCGCUACUCACCUCACCAGAUCCAACGGCUUGAAACGUAUUCUCUCUUAUUCUCUACUCAACUGUUCUCUCCAGUUCUUUCUUUCUGUUCUUUUCUGUUUGUGUUUGCAGGGCUUUUGAUGAGUGUUUGACAUUCAGAUGAGAAACAGAGGAUGCAACUUAGCUUUGAUGAACAGAAGCUUCAAUUGAAACUGCACAGCUUAGAAAAGAGCUCGUGAGGGCUUCAAGCAUUGCAGCUAAAUCAUGGGAGGCCACUUUCUCAUCUCCCACCACUACUAAACCAGAUGCACGUUUCUCCAUUAGAGUUACUCCACAGUGGUCUUUUGCUUGAUUUUAAUCUUCUUCCAGGAAGUUGUUCUUCAAUGACUUCCUCGAGUUUACAGUAUCUUGGUUAUCUCGGACAUGGAUAAAUGGAUGCCUAGACGUUCUCAGUCUCAAAAGCUAUGAGAAUGCAUUCCCAAGAUUGAGUAGUCGUGGAGGAAAGAACCACAACCUUAGAGUGGAAGUAAUAGAUCUUAUGGCAUUGUUUUCACUAAUGCAGUGACACUUGUGGAGAUGCUCAUGGACUCUGUCAAAGCUCGAGAGAUUUUUCCUUCAGUCGUUGCAGCAUCUAAAAUUCUUGGAGUGGUUUCAUCUAAGAUUGCGUGGAAAUCACGGAGAUGCCUUACAUUUGACAACAACAUGAUCUGAAGGCGGUGGAAUGAUUCUGGAAGAUCAAAGACGUGACUGCUUCUGUUUUGUAUUUUGGAAUCAAUAAGAUUAGCUCUGUUAAGCCUCUGUGGAAUCAAAAAGAAAAAAGAUUAGCUAUGUUUUGCGACACUCACCGAAUGCUACUUUCAAUUAUUUUUUUAUGAAACUCUACUUUCGUUUCAGAGCACUAAAACUCUCAUUCUAAUAGUUAAAAAAAUAUAUAAUGGAAGAUAAGAUAUGACGCUUAUAAACAACCAAUUAGGGAAAUUAUGCCCAAUAACACUAAAAAAACUAUAAUUCACUAACUAACUAAAAUCUCAUACUCUCUCCAACUUUCUCUUCCUAUCUCUCUCUACUCUUUUUCCCAAAAUCUAAUUUCUCAAUUUUUUUUGGUUAUUUGGCAAAUAAACCCUUAUAAAUACAAACCGCUCAAAAAGUAAACAUUUAGCCAAAGACCAUCAGGUGAAUAAAAAAUCAAAAAUACAAAACUAUGACCAAUUUUAUGUGUUAUAUGUACUCUGCAAUAAUAAAUAAAUUAUACAGCUUACCACAAAACGCAAAAAAACGUUACCUUCAAACCAUAUAAACUUUAUAAAAGUAUUCAAUCCAGUAAAUCCAAACCAAUUAAAACCAAACAGAACCAAAAUAGAGAAAAUGGUUUGGAUUUAAUAAUACCGAAAAUAGCGAAUGAAUGUUAUUUUUAAGAAACCGCGGUAUAUGGAUAUGGUUUGGUAUAUAAACCGAUCAGACCGAAUAAACCAAAUAAACUGAUCAAUUAAAAAACACUAGUACAAUUAUACGUAAAUUAUAUAAUAUAAUUAAUAAUAUAUAAAUUUUCUUAUAAUUUAUUUUAUUAAUAUGAUCUUCAUACCUAUAAUGUUGAUUUUAGUAAUUUAAUAUUUUAUUUGAAUUUUAUUUAAAAAAAUUAUUUAAACAAUACAUAAUUUGUAAUUUUUUUUCAAACAAUGUGUGCUAAUAUUUAGUUAUUUAAUAAUAUUAUGAAUUACUUAUUUUCUUAUUUUUAUUCUAUAAAAACUAUUAUUAUUAUUAACUUAAUAUGGUUACUAAUUAUUUUAAAUAGUAAAAAAUAGUCAAUUCAAAUUCUUAAAUAUCUUCGUGUUGUAUUAAAGCCGAUUUUUAAUCAAAUAAAGUAAAAUUUAUAAUAAAUUAUAAAAUACAUAUAUAUAUAUAUAUAUAUGUAUAUAUAUAUUUAUGAUUUUUGGGAUUAAAACCAAACAAACCAAAAACCGAUUAUAUAAAAACCGAGUCAAGUCAAGAUAAAUAUGAUUUUAAUGUGGAAGUUUUUUUUAUAAUCCGAAAUAUCGAGAAGCCAAAAAAAUAACCAAAACCGAACUGAUAUUCGGAUUGAACACCUCUAACUUUACAGAAUAUAUGUAAUCGUUGUUGUGAUAAAGAACAUUUACGUAUUUAAAAAUAAAAGUCUUAAAAACAAAAAACUAACUUCUAUAAAGACUAUUUUUGGGAUUUCGUAUAGCGUUAAAAUAUCCUCAACUUAACAGCCCAAAUCAUUCUUAGGAAAUACAAUAACAAAACCCAUAACCUCAUUAUUCGUAUAAUCGAUAAUUGAAUUCUAUAUUAAUCCUAUGAAUUGUGAUUCUCUACUAAAAUGUAAUUGAAAAAACAUAAAAAUUAUGCCAAAAACAAUAAAAAAGGACCAAAGAAAACGCAAAUUUCCUAAAAGACACAGACACUAAAAUGUAAUUAUCUACCAGUUUAUUAUAUAAUACAUAGACAAUUAUAAUUUACAAAAUAUACGUCGAUAUAUCAUACGUAGAGCAUAUUCCGUCCGUAGGGCGGGCCGACCCUAGUAUCUAAUACUAUAAAUAAGACUAUUCUCUCACGAGAAUGAGCCACAUCACUAAUUCGAUUCACCACGUUGCGACAUCUGUCCCUCUUUUUCUAAACUCACCGUUUCAUGUAUUUCGUAUUGGGUUUCGGGGUUUCUUUGACUUUGUCGUUGGGCUUCUUUAUGAACACGAUCGUCCCGUCGAACUCUACAUUCAAUAUCAAGACUGAAACGUUGCGUUUUGGAUUAGGGUUUUCGUUGUCUCUCUCUCGCGUCUCCAUUGUUCCUCCAUGGAUCGAUCUUUCGUCUUCUUCAUCCGCUGCGAGAUGAUGCAGUAACUGAUCCCCCUCAUAAAGCCCUCCUUAAUCACUCACACACGAUCUCCACUCGAUGCGACCCAGGAGAGUGCAAGGCGGUGGAAGUCUACUAUAAAAAGACUGGCCACUCUUCCUCCUCCGUUCAAGUUCGCCUGCUCCGAUUUUGGGAGGCCAAGAAUGUCCGGCGUGGUGGAGAGCUUAUGUGAGUCGAUAUGCUCCUUCUUGAUCCUCAAGUAAUCUAUUUUACUGCUAUUUUUGUUUAUAGUUUUAAUUAGAUCUCCGGUUAUAUUCUAUAUACAUCGCCACCGUCUUGAUUCCAGAUUAUCAUUAUUCAUUGUGUUUUGAAGUUCCUGUUGUGGAUUUAUGGUCGAGCCAUCCCCCAGCUUUUAAUGUUUGAUAUCUUCUAUUCACAAUGUUCAUAUUUUUAAGGCUGUGAAAAUUCUCCGUUUCUGACUAUUAGUUUAUUUAGAUUUAUGGCUGAGCCAUUUCCCAGCUUUUGAUGUUUGAUAUCUUCUUUCACAAUGUGAUAAUACCGGUGUAUGAAGUUCCUAAUGAGUUGAGCAGCUGGCAAAUAAAAAUCAAAGAGAGAAGAGAGAGGUUCAAGUUGUGCUCCGUGGACAAGGACUUGGAGGUUUCUGAUCCGAAUCCUCACAACUCCAUUGUAAGGUCUCUCAACCACAAUUGUACAGGUUCUGCUGAGUACACAAGUCUAAGAUAUCUUGAGAGCUCAUCAGCGGAAUCAAGUUCGGAUCUAGAAAGACGAGACAGAAACAUUCAAGACCUGAAACAAGAGCAGGAGCAACCAAGUCCUGUCUCUGUUCUAGAGAGGAUACGUCUGGAAGAAGAAACAGUAGAAGAGAAGAUUAGAUUGCUAGCUUUUGAUGAUUCAGGCAUGAAUCUUCUAGAAAAGGACUCAGUUCACAAGUUUGUGAAGAAAGUUCCUAAAGCUUCAAGACUGAACUGGACUAAUCUCAUGGCAAGAUGCAUCGAAGAAACAUCACUACUCGACGAAUUCUCACACGGCGAUCACAACAACGGUAAGCUUCUUCUGGUUCUUGAUCACACGGACGAGAUUCUCUAAGAGAUUUACCGUCAAGACAUCAUCAAGUUUUGGCCUUUUUUUAGAGUUAUCAUCAAUCUACCAUCUUCUUCCUUUAGAGAAGACCUGAUUGACGAGAAGCUGAGAUGUUUCGACUGGGGUACUCUGCUGUGAAACUCCAAAAACGUUGGAUCAGAUCAUUGAGACUGAUGUGGUAAAGCUGAAGGUGUUUAUCUGUACCACGUCUUUGGUCGGGUUUUGGUGGUGAAGCUGAAGGUGUUUAUCUGUACCAAAAGAGUAACUGAAAUAAAGGUGGAGAAGGGAUGGUGCAGUGUUUCCUGCUCAAACUGGGCCAAGAAACUUUAGCGCACAGUAUCAUCUUUCACAUGUCUUCCUUGCAACAAUACUAGUGCAGUUGGUGUACUCCGGUACGGUGUGGAGAUGUCCGUUGCAGAUGAAACUGGUAAAGCUUUGUUUGUCUGUUUCGAUGAGGUAAUGACCAAACUUCACAACAUGAGGGCCUUUGAAGCUGACCAUCUUUUGGCUGGUGAUGGUGUCAACCCAGAGGAAACACAGGCCCCGCCGUUUGUGUGAGACAUGGUUGGUAAGACCUACACAUUCCAGGUGAGGGUGAGUUCACUUAAAUUCACAGCGAAUCAUCAGACCUUUACUGUCUCGCGCAUCCUCAGUGAGCGUGACCGUGUGCUGCAGCCUGCAUUUUUUGAUAAUCUAAGGUUUAUAGAAUGGAGGCGACGUUUACAAUGGAGAUAACAACCCCGAUGCCAUCACAGUGCCUUUUAAGGUGGAAACUGGUGGACCUAGCCAGGUGCAGGUAGCAUCGGAGAAGGUGAAGAAACCACGCAAGACAUAGGUGAAGAGGAUUGGAGUACAAGACGCAGUUUUUCCUGUGUUUUUUUAAUGCUCAAAUCGUUUAUGUUGGUUUUUUUUCCUUUUCUGGUGUUUGCUUUAUUAACAAGUUUGACUUUUACACUUUGCUACUUCUACAGUUUUGGUUUUUUUAAUACCAAAUAUAAAAUAUAUCUCAUUUAGGAAA